GCAAUGAAGAAGGAGAAAUGGGUGAAGGAGUUCCUGGGACAGCUUCUGAUCACCUCCGGGCAGAUCGCUUGGACCACGGAUUGCUCGGCCGCCCUCGUCAAGGUAGAGAAGGGCCACAAGAACGCACUCAAGACACUCAAGCGCACUCAGAGCAAGUACAUCAGCAAGCUUUGCGAGAUGAUCCGCAAGGGCCUGACGAAGAUCGAACGAAACAAGUUGGUAGCACUGAUCACCAUCGAGGUCCAUGCACGCGAUGUCCAAGAGCGCAUGUAUGCUCUGAAAACGGAAUCGCCCAGCAACUUCAACUGGACCUCACAGCUUCGGUUUGAGCUCCGCGAGAGCCAGGAGGAAGCAGUGAGCGGCCAGGCGCCAGUCCCCGCCUGUGUUGUCCUUCAAACGAACACCACGGCCCCUUACGGCUAUGAGUAUCAGGGCAACAAUGGCCGCCUGGUUGUCACGCCGAUGACCGACCGAUGCUACAUGACGCUGACUACG